AUGGGUGAUGAGUCUGAAAAGACCAGAGAGCUUUGUCGGAGAGAUAUGAGCAUGGAGAAGAUACACAAGGAAGAAGGUAUCGGACCAGACCAGCUAACGGGGGACGUGCUAUACUACGGCGACAACCACUCGGCAGUGGGGCAGUCGCACGGCAGAGCUGACGUGGAGAAGCUGAUCGACGAGAAUCGCAGUGGAGGCAAGCUGAUUGUGCUCGACGUCGGUCCGAAACAUUGUGGGCCCUGCGUCAAGGUUUAUCCGACAGUGCUGAAGCUGUCCCGGUCCAUGUCGGAGACUGUCGUGUUCGCUAGAAUGAACGGGGACGAGAACGAUAGCUGUAUGGAGUUUCUCAAGGACAUGAAUAUUAUAGAAGUACCCACUUUCUUGUUCAUUAGAAACGGUGAUAUUUGUGGCCGGUAUGUUGGUUCUGGUAAAGGAGAACUCAUUGGAGAGGAGAACUCAUUGGAGAGAUUCUCCGGUAUACAGGUGUUCGUGUCACUUACUAAUUUGUCAACUUGA